AGAGAGAGAAAAUUGAAUAAAGAUUUGAUUUUUAAUUAGAAUUUAUAUUUUUCUGGGUAUUUGGGAAUCUUGAAGAAAUGGGUAUGGCGGAAAAAGAAGGAAAAAUGGAGGGGUGGCUUUAUUUGAUUGGUUUAAAUCGUUUAGGGUUUCAAAAUUCACGUAAGAGAUACUUCAUUCUUGAAGACAACUGCCUCAACAGCUUCAAAUCAAUCCCCACUCCUCACACAGAUCAGGAGCCCAUACGAAGUGCAAUAAUAGACUCGUGCGUUCGUGUCGUAGACAAUGGAAGAGCGAGACAUCGUAUGAGAUUAUUUUUCGUGUUCACGCUAUGCAACACUUCUAAUCACAAAGAUCAGUUGAAGCUCGGGGCAACGAGCUCCGAAGAAGCUUCUAGAUGGAUCCGUUCACUACAAAAUACCGCAAUUAAUCCACGAAAAAGUUUUAUUUCUUGCUCCGAGAGAAAAUAUCAGCCUUUCAGUUUGAGUGUUACGAAAAGAACGUCGAAAAAUUCUAUUGACUUGUCAUCGGCAAUGACCUCCGACGUAAUUGCACCUUCACCGUGGAAAAUAUUCGGCUGCCAAAACGGAUUGCGUCUCUUCAAAGAAGCUAAAGACAGAGACUCAAACGGAAGGCAUUGGGAUAAUCACCCAGCUAUAAUGGCAGUUGGUGUCGUAAACGGAGAUUCGGAAACUGUUUUUCAUACGCUUAUGAAUCUCGGUCACUCGAGAACAGAAUGGGAUUUUUGUAUCUACAAGGGAAAUGUGGUCGAGCAACUCGACGGUCACACGGAUAUAAUUCACCUUCAAUUGUAUAAUCAUUGGCUACCAUGGGCAAUGAAACGAAGAGAUUUGCUUCUCCGACGUUAUUGGAGAAGAGAAGAUGAUGGCACUUAUGUAAUUUUGUACCAUUCCGUUUUCCACGAAAAGUGUCCGCCUCAAAAUGGUUAUGUCCGUGCUUGCCUUAAAAGUGGCGGAUACGUGAUAACGCCUACAAACCAAGGUAAAGAAUGUGUCGUAAAACACAUGCUAUCUAUCGACUGGAAGUUCUGGAAAUCGUAUGUAAGAAAAGCAGCUUCGAGAUCCAUUACGAUACGUAUGGUUGGACGAGUUGCAGGUGAAAUACAUGUGCUUGUCGUAAAUGGCGAGGCUCGUUUUUUAAUUGCAGCUCUAAGGGAAUUGUUGAGAGCUAAAUCAGGAAAUACUAGCCAAGAUUUUUUAUCGGGAGAACUCACAAUAGAUAUUGGUGUUCCUCGUAUUGGAAAGGAGGUGAUCAAAAGAGAAGCUACACAAGAAAAUGAUAAAUCAGGAGAACUUUCCGGAACUUAUAGUCUCGCGGGACUAAGUGAUGCAGCGGAUGAAUUCUUCGAUGUUCCGGAACCUUCCGAUGAUGAUCCGUUCGACAAUGAAUCAUGCUAUGUGGAAAAGUACCAACCGAAAUUAUCGUCGGCAGCCAACUUUGUGAAGAAAUUGCACGAUCUUGCGGUCCAGAAAAAGGGUUACGUUGACUUACAAGCAAUAUCUUGGGAAGAAAGUAUAUCGUACUAUUACGGAGCCACACUUACGAAAGAUACGAGUUUUAAAAUCCCGUGUAGUUGGUCAAUAUCCGAGCCUUCCUCGUUUCUUAUUCGUGGUGAUAAUUAUCUCGAGGACCGCCAAAAGAUUACGGCGAACGGCACUUUAAUGCAGAUGGUGGGGGCCGAUUGGAUAAAAUCAGACAAGCGUGAAGACGAUCUUGGCGGCCGUUUUGGAGGCAUUGUCGAGAAAUAUGCGGCAAAGGGAGGGCCAGAGUUCUUUUUUAUCAUUAACAUACAGGUUCCGGGCUCGACCACGUACAAUUUGGCCUUAUAUUACAUGCUAAAAACUCCGUUAAAAGACACGCCUCUAUUGGAGCAUUUCGUAAAUGGAGACAACUCGUUUCGAAAUUCGCGGUUCAAGCUCAUACCAUACAUUUCCAAGGGAUCGUGGAUAGUGAAGCAGAGUGUUGGAAGAAAAGCUUGUUUGAUAGGUCAAGCACUUCAAAUCAACUAUUUUCGAGGAAAAAACUACUUGGAGCUCGGUAUCGAUAUUGGAUCGUCAACGGUGGCGAGGGGAGUUGUUAGCCUUGUUCUUGGAUACCUCAACAAUCUUGUUAUAGAAAUGGCAUUUCUUAUACAGGGAAACACGGCGGAAGAGCUUCCGGAAAUCCUUCUCGGAACGUGUCGGCUGAACCAUCUAGAUGCAUCCAAGGCAGUUCCUAUUGAUUCAAUCCAAAGAAGCUAAAUAAGAAAUAGGGUAAACUUGAAAUUACUAAGAAAAAAAAAAAAAAAAAACCCUUAGUUUCUACUGAUUCAACCACCUCCCUGGUGUAAGAUCUAUUUACGAAAAAAA